ACUUGCUGUCCCUGAUCCCCUAGUCUGCCUCAGGGGUCUUAAGCUGACUAGCAUCCAGUGCUUCCCUCAUUAUAGCCCUUAUUAAACACUGUGAUUCAACCACCUAUCUGUAUCUUUUACUGAUCUCACUAAAAUAAAUGUCAGCUUGAAAACUUUUUUCACAUGGUUCACUGGCUCUCCACGGAAACAGCAGAGGUCCCAGUAUGGUCUUGUGUGACUCUGAACUAGCUUUCUUUGGAAUGUCCAAUCCCAACCCUGACCCCAACAUGACAACAUAAAGUGGCCCUCUCUGUCAUAAGCCUGUAACUGGGCUUGCUACACAAUCAGACUCCUUAUGUCUUCCCUGAGUGUGACAUUCUGUUCAGUGAAAACACGUGCCUACUUGUGGUUACUGCCUCUUCUCACUACUACCACCAUACGCAGAGCCUGAACUUUAGAGGAAACAAACAGUGCACCCAUUUUCAAUAAUCUGUUAAAACAUGGUGGGUUAUUAUACAGUCCUAGGAGUACAGAGAUAUGCUUCACCCGAGGACAUUAAAAAGGCUUAUCAUAAAGUAGCACUUAAAUGGCACCCUGAUAAAAAUCCACAAAAUAAAGGCAAAAGAAAAUUCAAAGAAGUAGCUGAGGCAUAGGAAGUAUUAUGAAAUGAUGAAAAGCAGGACAUUUACGAUAUGUAUGGAAAGGAAUUAAAUGGCAGAGGUGGAAGUGAUUCUGAUGAUGAUGAUUAUGGCUUCACAUUCUGUAAGCCUGAUGAUGUCUUUAAAGAAAUGUUUGGUGAGGACACAUUUUUAUUUCACUUCUUUGAAGACUCGCUUGAAGAUCUUUUAAAUACUCUAAGAGGCUUGCAUGGAAACAAAGGUGCAGGAUCCUUUUACUUUACUUCCAGUGAACAUUCACCCCUGGAGACAUUUUCUUCAGUUGAUACAGGAUAUACUUCUUACGGUUCACUGGGGCAUGAAGGCCUUAUUUCAUUCUCUUCCUUGGCAUUUGAUGAUACUAAGGUGGACAAUUACAUUGUUAUAACCUCAGGCAAAGCUGUUAAUGACAGAAAUAUUAAUUCAAACAAAAAUAUUGAGAAUGAUCAAAAAAGAGAAGUCAAAGGCCUUGAGUUAAAAUUUCUCCUUGAAAAUGAUAUGAGAGACAAAGGGGACUUUGCAGAAGUAUACAGCUGGAGAAAACAUUCAUUCAAUGAUUAUUUAAAUUCCCACAGCUCCAAGCAUGUGUCCCAAUAUACUUUUAUAGAAAAUGAUGAGCAAGUUAUACUUUGGAUUCCUAGCAAUUGAGAUCCCUGUAUUUUCUCAGCAGGAUUCAAAGGCGGUAAGAGGAAAAAAAAGCAGCACAAAGAGGUACAGAAGUCAGUCCAAAGGAAUUGCUAAACUGACUCUUCAGACAUAUUAUAACAUUUGAACAUGAUUCUGUAUAUUUUGGUUAAACACAGUUUUUGUAGAUAAUACUUAUUUAAUACUACCUAAAGGUAUAUCUUCAACAUUUUAAGCAAGUU